UCGCCGUAGCAAAAUAUUACUUAUACACAGUGGCGCACAGCGCAGCAAAGCAGUCGAGCGGCGCAUAUGGGCGUGUGAAGAUUCUAUAACCACCUGGAAGUAUUAUAAUUUAACGAAAACAAAUAAUGUUAUUUACAAAUAGUUGUUGCUUUUACACAGCGGUGUUGAUGAUAUUAACCAACCCAGCGUUUGGCGUGCCUACAGAGCAACGGAAUGAGGCGUCGAGCAGCGCACAACGCCUGAAGCGUCAAAUUUUCUCCACCAAUUUCGGUGACAGCAAUCCUUUCUUCACACCAGCGGACUUUGAUUUUGGACCGACGCCCUUUCCGGGACGUCGUUGGGGAUGGCCAGGUGCUGGCGAGCCGCUAAUAUUCAGCAAUGAUGGCGGACAAACAACUAGCAGCACAACAACCACAACGCCGGCACCUCCGACCGGCCCAGAGGGAAACAACAAUGCCGCCCCAAAUGUUGUCUUCAUCAACAAUCAACCCAUUGUUGCAACCAUUGCACCGUUUACAGCGCGCACCACAUCUACGCCACAAUUCUUGAACUGUUUCGGCAGCUGUCCUACCACCUCCGAGUACAAUCCGGUUUGUGCGAGCAAUCAGCAGCAAUACCAGAAUCCGCAGAAGUUCGAGUGUGCGCGUCAAUGCGGAGCAGAUAUACAAAUUGUACGACGCGGCGCCUGCGAAGGUCUCUUCCCAAUGCAACGUGGAUAACUACUUAUUUGGAGUUAUAUAUUUACAUAUACACCUGUGGACUUAAAAAGACAUGAUCGUAUGAUAUACAUAAAUUUAUAUAUAUACACAAUAUAUACGCUACUUGAGAAGCUCUCGAACUGAUUUGCCGUACAAAAUUUGCUCUUCAAUAUUCUCGCUAAUAUAAGCAAGUAUUUAAUAUAUUCUAAUAUUAAUGAUAUUUUGUUAAAAACAUUUAAUGUUUUUGUUAUAUUCACCAAAAGUCAAUAAAUGUGGUGAUACCUGUUUUUUAUACAUAUUUACGUCGAAAAGUAAA